AUGGUAUUCACCGCUCCAGCUGUUCAUUAUUCAGCAUUAGCUACACAGCCACCAGAUUUGAAACUAUCGAAAAGUCAGCAAUCAAUUAGAUAUGCAACGAACGUUCGGUUUCGUUUGAGCCGCAUAUUACAAAGAUGGUUUUAUAAUGAUCAUUCUACUAGAGCAGCACUCGAAGAACACAUUCAUUUGUCUGAGAGUACUUCUCCUGUGUCCCAGACGGAAGGCAAAGGAAAUCCUAAUAAUAACAACAGUGAACAUAAAACAAACACGCAACAAGAAUCUACUAAAUCAGUACGCUCGUGUAUUGAACCUGACGAACGUGUACCAUUCACAGAACCAUAUACUUCAAUGCUAUUAAAAGAUGAUAAAUCUCCUCGUAUGGAACUACCUAUUUAUCACAGACAAUGUAACAGUUCAGAAAGAGAUACCGAACAAAUGAAAUAUCGCAACUCAGUUGAACCUCAGCAUUCUUCAAAUAGAGCGAUCACAAGUGCAACGAUAUCGUCCAUCUCUUCAUCGAUUGAAAAUUGCAUUGGCUUCCAAUACGCCUCUCGAAAGAAUUCUCUCGCAAAUGGCCCGUGUACUCGUUCGCAACAAGGCACACGUCUUCGACGUUUACAUAGUAAACCAAAAAUACGUUCAAAUUCAAAUCUGAAUAAAAAUCCACCGAUCUCAUCUUCGAUUGCUCAUCGUAUUGAACUACUUAAACAAGCUAUGCAUAACCACGAACUCGAUUUUCAGCAGCCAAAAUCAGAAAAAUCGUCCCCUAGUGAAUUCUCGUCAUCUCUUUCCAUUACCAAUAAAAUGAACAAACAAACUCAAACAAACAGCGAAGUUCACCAUAUUCAUCACCAUCACAUUCAUUCUUCGUCGAUGUUCUCCAUCGAAUGGCGAACAUAUUUAUCACUCAUAGCAACUAUAAUCCUUGUCAUCCUUCUUUUUAUGCAAUUCGUAACCAUCAAUCUUUGA